UAGUUGGCCUACUCUCACGCUGGCCGUGAUAUUCUACUGCCCUUUUGCAACAGGUGUAGGUUUGUUAAUGGGCAGAACCUUCUUGGUAGCUCUCCCUGGCGUGAAGGACAUGAGUAUUCACUGCUUCCUGUCGACGUUGACAAGUAUUGUAGAGGUCCAUGCCCACACCCACCACUUGAAAAACAUGCCCACCUACCACAUUGUCUCGACCACUGUCCAGCGUUUCCGAGGCUGCUACGUCGCCAUUGAGUCUCACAAUGUAAAUACCACUGGUAUUGAUAUAUCCUUCAGUUUCCGCGGGAACGGCUCUUUCGGUCUGAUGAUCAUGGUGACUGUCAAGAAAGACAUCUUCCUGGACGCGAUGCAGGCACUUCCGGAGGAAUCUUGGGGUCUGCAAUACUUUGUGGCGUCCACAGAUAACCUGCCAACGAUACACGUAGUCAGCUGCAGCGAAAACAACUUAAUCAAAUUUCAAUUCAAAGAGCCCAGACCGGAACUGUUUGAGCAAUACCCCUGGUACAGCACCAAAGCAAACUCAAAGGGUAUCAGUGUCGCCUUAGACCACUGGCAAACUUUUACAAUAUCAGCUUGUGGAAAUAUAAGUAGAAAGGUUAUGUCAUUAUCUGGGACAGUGGUCAAAAGUUAUCUACCGAUCGGUGUGAUCGUUGGCACGUGCUACGUAAGUUACAACGACUGUGCGAACCAAGGGAAUUACUCACAGCUUGCUCUCGAAAUGCUAAUGCCAGCACAGACUUACGGUUAUUGUUUCAUCCCCGUGGCUUUGAACCCAGUACACAGUGACGUUCGACUUCAAGCGGUGACACUGUAUGACAGGACGACCAUUUGGUAUACUUCAUUCGAAAAUGUUAAAGUGCGCCAAAGGGUUGACCAUUCCGAUACAGCUAUAUAUUUCAGGUACAAGGCAAUUUCUCUCGUGAACGCCAACAGAGCUAUUCAGCUGGUGUACAUGAUGGAGUCGAUGUGCACCGAAUGUGAGAUGAAUAUGACUGUGACCCUCUGCAUGGUAGUGCCCAUUGAACUGUUCUAUGACGUCUACGCAUGGAGGGUACCACGGACUGAUCACAAAGUCUUGUCGAUGGAUUAUUUCGCCGCAUUAGUCAUUCUGCAGAAAAGACUGAAGUUUCUGAAACUCAAUGAAGCAAUAUUGAUAUUACCAAGUACUGCUUCAUACUCACUGGUGUCAAACAGUUCUGUCAGAGACGCAGACAAAUGGCUGGUCCUCAUUCUCCAGCUUCAUGCAGAAGACUACAGUGUGUACGAUGUUGGGGUGGUCAGAUUCGGGUGCUAUCUCUACGGCCGAGGUCAUCGCUCAGCCUUCAACAUACCGGCAGGAUACAUCUCGUCAAACAUACAGGAGUGUCUCAGAAGUGCACCCAAGCACGGGGAUCUAUACGACAACGAUUGUGAUGGCAUCAUUGAUGAGGAGGUGAAAGAUGGUCGAGAUAAUGACAUAGACGGUUUCGUAGACGAGGAUUUAAUUAAAUUAGAAAGAGUGAAUGGCGGAUGGGGUUCCUGGUCAGAAUGGACAUGUUCUAGAAAUUGCUACGAUUUUAGAAAGUUUCGCACAAGAGAGUGUGACAAUCCAUCUCCAAACUAUGAUGGCUUAGACUGCGGGAAUGCGAGUAUUGAAAGCAAGGACAGUAACUGCUACACAACUACUACAUGUCCUUCACUUUGUCCACAGGGAGCCUGGGCCUAUGAUUGUGUCCGUUCCUGCGUGCACUGUCUGCCUGACUGCGACAAGUUUACCGGAAUCUGCUCCCAGUGUCAGCCUGGCUAUAAGGAUCCUCAUAAUUCAUGCCCUUACGCCUGUGAUGUCAAUACGUAUGGCUCCAAUUGCUCUGGUAACUGUUUGCAGAAAUGCGGAGCAGACUGUUUCGAUCGAGUAACUGGUGCAUGCAGAGAUGACUCCUGGGAUUGGAUAAAUUACUUACUAAUAAUUCCCUUCUUGGUAGUCCUUGUAAUGGUCAUCUGCACCUAUCGUGCUUUUUGUGUAAAAGCUCAAAAGAACACGAAAUCACCGCCCAACGCGGCACGCAUUGAGCUCACGUCUUCUUCUGAGCCCCCGACCGAUGCAGGCUCUAGGUUCCAGUCGAUGGCCAGCGUGUCGUCGUCUGCCAGUGCUUCCAGCAGGGGGAGCUCCUGCGCCGCUGCGUUGCUUCAGAAAUCAACGUUCUCCUUCCGAGCUCGGAUCAAGUCCUCCACCAGCAUAGACACCGGGACACACCUGCAUGGGGUUGUACAUAACCGCGCCGCUCCGCCGGGGAUCCUGGUCAAAAAGGUGUCGAGCGCAGACAGCGAAUCCGAAUUCCCACGGCUCAAGAAGACAGUUUCCUUCGCAGGCUAUGAGUCAGGGCAUAGACCUAAUUUUCCGGAAGAGAUUUUAACAUAAGAUUUGUUCAUGCUACACUGAACUUCAUGUCGCAAAGCAUGUAGCAUUUUUUUUCUUGAUGUCGCAAAGCAUGUAGCAUUUAUUUUUUUUUUACAAUCACUGGCAUAUACGCUGUACUUGGAAUAUUAAGUCUGCAAAGUAUAUUAGUAUUUUUCUACUGUCGCUUGUACUAUCAACACAUAUUUCAAGUGAAUGCCGGAAAGUACUUUGACUUUUUCAAGUGCCGCUGGUAAUAUCUGCGUUGUUACUGAAUAUAAUGUCGCUAAGAAGUGGUACAUUUUCAAAUGUCGCUGGUACUAUCUACGCUUUGCCUAAGUGUAUGCCGCG